CUGCACACAUACAUGCACAUCAUGGCACCUGCUGUCCGGGGUGUUGUUGUGUUUGCAGUCUUACUGUUGUGCUGUUGUCAGGCUAUAUUUUCUACGGAAUACUUCUCCUCUCUCACUUUCUUCAACAGCGAACUACACAAGCAUGGAUGCAACUCACCUUCCGAAUGGGACGAAUACGCGGCGGAUUGUGAGUCUUCAAUUCUGCAGUUUGAGGACACUGAGUGUGAAGGUGGUGGAAGCGCGCCCUGUGUGUCAGUGUUCUCCCUAGACACAGAGAAAGUUCUGAGCCAGGCAAAGUUGCUCAUUGAGCAAAAGAGAUUUCCUUUUGCAGUUGAGAACCAGAGUACAAAUGAAGAGCUUGCAGUAGGAUAUGUGUUCAUUGGAAAUGGUCUUUAUGAUGAAGCCAUCAAGCAUUUCUCCUUACUCUUACAGGGGGAUCCUGAAUUAGUCAGUGCUAUCUAUGGAAGAGGAAUUGCAUAUGGGAAGAAAGGUCUGCAAGACAUCAAAAAUGCAGACCUAGCACUGUAUGAGCUGAGCCGAGUGAUUACUCUGGAGCCCAACCGACCAGAGGUGUAUGAGCAACGUGCAGAGAUCCUGUCUCCACUGGGGCGUAUCAGUGAGGCCUUAAGUGAUCUCUCCAAAGCCAUACAGCUGUAUCCUUCAGCUCGUCUGUACCGACACAGGGGAACACUUCACUUCAUUUCUGAGGACUAUGCAGCAGCGCAGGAAGAUUUCCAGCAAUCUCUGGAGCUGAAGAAGAACCAGCCCAUUGCUGUGCUGUACAAAGGCUUGACCUUCUUCCACAGGGGGAUGCUCAAGGAGGCAAUUGAGACUUUCAAAGAAGCCCUUAAGUUAAAAUCUGAUUUUAUAGAUGCCUACAAAAGUCUUGGACAGGCUUACAGGGAGUUGGGUGACUUUGAAGCUGCUAUGGAGAGCUUCCAAAAAGCACUAAUGUUGAAUCAGAAUCACAUCCAGUCUCUCCAGUUACGGGGCAUGAUGCUGUACCAUCACGGCAGCCUUCAAGAAGCUAUAAGGAAUUUUAAGAGGUGUCUCCAGCUGGAGCCAUACAAUGAGGUGUGCCAGUACAUGAAAGGGCUGAGUCAUGUUGCCAUGGGACAGUUUUAUGAAGGGAUCAAAGCACAGACAAAAGUCAUGUUAAAUGACCCCCUACUGGGCCAGAAGGCAAGCUCUGAAUAUCUGAAAGUCAAAUACCUCAGAGAAUACUCUCGCUAUUUACAUGCACAUCUUGACAUUCCUGUGGCAGAGUACAAUGUUGAUCAGGAUCUUCCUGGAAAUUUCAAGAACCACUGGGCAAAAAAUCUGCCUUUCCUCAUAGAGGAUUAUGAGGAGCAGCCUGGCCUGCAGCCACAUAUUAAGGAUGUUCUACCUCAAAACUUUGAAAGUUAUACCUCUGAAGUUCAGAAACUCAUUUGCACUGCAGAUCACCUUGGUGGCCUUAUGCAGUACAACACACCAGGAUUUCUUCCUAACCACAGGAUGCACAGAGCCAUGGGACUUGCAACUUUAGAAGUUAUGCAGGCUAUGCAGCGCACUUGGAGCAACUCUAAAGUCCGAGUUAAUGGCAAAACAAGACAGAUGCAGUGGAGGGACAUGUUUGACAUUGCGGUAAAGUGGAGAAGGAUCGCAGAUCCAGACCAACCAGUUCUAUGGCUGGAUCAAAUGCCGGCUCGAAGUCUGAGUCGAGGCUUUAACAACCAUAUCAACCUUAUCAGGGGUCAGAUCAUAAACAUUCGGUACUUGGCAUACUUUGACAGCAUACUUAACUUCAUUAAAGACAGAAUACUGGUUUACCACGGAGCAUAUAACUCACGAGGGCUUGUAGAAGUUAGACAGGCACUGGAGAAUGUAAAUAAAGUGGAAGACCUUCUCCCCAUAAUGAAGCAGUUUAACAGUAAAACCAGAGAUGGGUUUACAGUGAACUCCAAGGUACCCAGUUUAAAAGAUUCUGGGAAAGAAUAUGAUGGCUUCACCAUUACAAUAACUGGAGACAGAGUGGGAAACAUGCUGUUUUCUGUGGAGACGCAAACGACAGAAGAGCGCACACAGCAGUAUCAGUCCGAGAUCGAAUCACUUUAUAAGGAUCUCACUGCCAAAGGGAAAGCACUGAUGCUGUCUACUGAGCUUGGGGAUGCAGAUUCUGUUUGCAAUUUAAUCCUUUCUCUGGUUUACUACUUCUAUAAUUUAAUGCCUCUCUCCCGUGGUUCAAGUGUGGUAGCGUACUCUGUUUUAAUGGGUGCACUGAUGGCCAGUGGGAAGGAAGUCGUUGGGAAAAUUCCAAAAGGAAAGCUGGUAGAUUUUGAAGCGAUGACCGCCCCAAGUCCUGAGAGCUUCAGUAAAGUAGCAAAGAGCUGGAUGAACUUAAAGAGCCUUCCAGCCUGGUACCAGAGCCUUCCAUCAGUGGCGGAAACAUUUCCCAUGACAAGAACAAUGAUUGAGGUCCUGAACACAGAUACCACUUCACAUUGUCCAAAGAAAUCCUAAUAAUGCUUCCUGGGUUAAAGAAAAGUCAAUGCUUGACUUGCCUUCUCUGCACAUAGUAAAGGAGACUUUGUAAAUGGGGCUACUUGAGAUUCCCACAUCUUCUCAUGUGAAGUUUGCUUUAAAAGCUUGCCCAAAUCCAAGACAACAUACUUCAAGUUUAGCAGAAUGACACAAUGGUUAUACUGUUCUUUUGCAGCUAAUUGUGGAAUUACUGUAGAUUCAGGCAUUUAUAACCAGAGGGGAAGAAAUUACUUUUUACUUUAGGAUUUAGAACAUCUAUUUCAUGAAUUUCUAAUAAUAUGGGCCUAAAGGGCACAAUAAGAUAUCCAUAUGAUCCUCCAUUCAAGAACUCUGCAUUCUUUGAAAAUAAGAUUCAGGAAUUGGAGUGUUAAAUAGUUGUUAGUUUCAUAGCAGGGUAUUUCCAGGUUCCAUUUGUACAUGCUUGCACUUCAGUUUGAUAGCCAUGAGUCUUUCAACUAGGAGUAAAUUAAUGUACAGUAUCACUGUCAGUUCGUUUACCGAUAAUAUCUAUUUACAUAUCUAAAAUGUCCCUGGAGCUUCCUGAUCAGCAUAUCUGGUUAAGACACUCACCUGAGUGCAUUUUGAUUUUGAUGACCGUGGGUUCAUGCCUGGGUCAUGUUACUAACCAUCUGGGACUGGGAUUCCUCCUAUGUCAUUGCACAGUUGGCUGGGCUCUGUCGAGGGUAGGGCGGAAUAUUCAGUCAGGGCUGUACAGACUUUCUUUGCAGCUUCCUGUACGCUUCCAGGCUCGAGGGAUACAUUUUUCCCCAGACAGCGCUGGACGUCCUGCACAGACUGUGUUGCCCAUGACGUAUGAAAUAUCAUGUAUUGGGAUUUUGGAUUGAUGAAUGGCUUGAAGGCGAGAGGAUCAGAGAUGUCCGUCUGCUCCUUCUUAUUCUCCCUUGUGUGUGGUCAUGGGGUUUAUGAAAAACAAGCAACUGGCUUUUCAAAUUGUGAGAGCAUAAUAUAUCAUUAGACACUCUAAGAAGGGGGGUAUUUACAGUAUUAUUAAAUAUUUCUAGGGAGGUAGAGCAUGUGCUUAUUCAAUUCAAUAAGAUAUUUAGAACUAGUCCUGUUCAAAGCCUGCCUUCCAGCCCACAUUUUCCUGUAAACUGUGAAUUGAACUAGCACUUAAUCUUAAGAUUAACAUAUUUGUCAGGCUGCUAAUAUAUUUGCCCCAUGAAUUCCAAAGGUUCAUAAGGAGUUCCUCAAAAAUGAGGUCUUCCCAAGAAAAAAGUUAAAUUCUCAGAAGUAGAGCUGCAUUAGUAGUAUUAAUUAAUCAGCAGUAUUUGAAGCAUCGCCUUGCAAGAUGCUUUUUAUAAGCCCUAAAAAAAUGUUUUUGAUAAAAUAGUAACUAACGGCAUAAAAAACAUGACUGUUCCCUAAUCAAUAUUUUUCUGCUUCUUUUAAUAAACUGAUUUCAAAUAAUUGCAUAAUUGCUGCAUGCAGCUGAACCCAAAAGUAUUUAACAAUUUAGUAUUACAAGAAUGCCAAAGGCAAAAGUAGAAGAGAGUCUUUACUUAAGAACAAGGCAAUGUGUUUAUUAAAACUAAGUUAAACCCAACCUUUUAACUUGCAGCUGGGUGUGAUCUUAAAGCUGGAGACUGGUCAUAUGGUCCUGGAGGAGCACUGAGGAAUGCUAAUCCUCAAUGAGUGAAGACCUGGAAAAAGUCUUCAUUUAGAUCAAUUAAGUGAACAAUUGGUCCAAAUACGUUUUAGAAACAUGGAGUAAAAACCUGAAGACAUAGUAGCACCCCGGGCCUAGGAGUGACAUUUAUUGCUACAGAAUGUAAAAAGGCAGUUAUUCACUUAUUGUAUUUAUAACUGCUAUGUUCACCAAGCUAUGAGCAGAGAAUGUAAGUGAAGUGAUGCAGAUUAGGACUCUGUGACACAAAAUUGAAUACUUGAAAAAAAAAGUAGAAACAAUCAUCUGUUCUGUCAAAGAAGGCAACUGUGAUUUCUUUAAAAUGUUUGGCAUUGGAGAAUGUCCUAGUCAUUGCCAAAUUGUUGGUUUCCAUUAUUUGUUUUGCAAUUCACCAAUCGAAGGUAGUGGUAAUGCCAUUGAAUUGAAAAAACCUCUUUAAGGAGUGCCAUGAAGUACAAUCAAUUCAGUGUUUGCACUUUUAAAAUGAUUGUUAUAUUUUGUGUGCAUUAUGAUCUAUGCCACAUACAUCGAACAUGUUCAGGGAUAACUACAGGGGUGUGUACACUUGAUCGUUUACAGUGGUAGUAAAUGCGUUUGUCUUUUUUAGGAGCAUUUGAACACUGUGGAGAGUUUCUCACUGUGGAGAGAAACAUUUUUAAAAAGUAGGUAAAAAAUGUAGGGGAAAUGUUUUUUUGGCUGACCUCCGCUGCUAUUCUGAUCCACUGUACAUUUUCCCCUUGUGCUUUACUGUGAAUGGAAGAACAAAAUAUGCAGCUCCUUUUUGUUUGGAGAGGUUUGUGGAAAGGCAAGAGCCAAUGGCAAUUGCUUUAAAAAAAACUGUUUUUUGCUACUGUUUUACCAUUUGAAUUUUAUUUAUCCAGAUCAACUUUUAUUUGCUGUAAGAUAGGGACACUUUUGCACUAUUUGAGUUCUCAUAAUUGUGGGGACAGUUUUCAGACAUGGUUACAAUGACUAGGUGAAUUAUCUCUUUGGCCUGGGACUUGAAGCCUCAAAAAGGAAGAAUCUUUUUAAAGAGAAUUGUUUAUUCUGGGGGUUAAUAAACUGGUUUGACAAUUCG